AUGUCCUUCCCCAACCUAACUCUCUUCCGCCAUUACGCAGAAUCAGUUCCGUCCGCUAUCCCAAAGACGGUGCUGAAGACACACACCGAUAAUUCGGUCACUGUCGCUGAUGCUUACCCGAAAUCCCUCUUUCACUUCAUCGUCCUGCCGCGCGCCCUUCCGCCGCUGGACAUCUCCAACCUCAAAGACCUGCGUACCCUGCUCAAGUGCGACCGCGAGCAGGCACUACAGGUGCUUAAGCGGCUCGACGCGGACGCGGAGGCCGUGCGGGCGAUCAUCGAGGCAGAGAUGGUCAGUAAAUAUGGCUUCAAGUGGGAGAUCUGGACCGGGUUCCAUCCCCUGCCCUCGAUGGAACACCUCCAUCUGCACGUUCUUUCGGCGGACCUUUGUACUCCCGCCAUGAAGAUUAAGAAGCACUACAACUCCUUCCACCCCAAGCUCGGCUUCUUCCUCCAUCUCGAGGAAGUGCUGUCGUGGUUUGAGGCUACGCCGUCUUUCUAUGAUAUGAAACGCGCCUUGACCCCCAGACAGUACGAGGACAGGCUCAAAGAGGACUUGAUGUGUUUCAAGUGCGAUGACGUGUUUAAGACCAUGCCGAAGCUUAAAGAACAUCUCCAACAGGAGUGGGACCGCAUGGCUAAGCGCGAGAAGGCUAAGUUGGCAAAGAAGCGUAAGCGGGAAGAGGAAGCUGCUGCCAAGGCCGGUGAUGGCGACGACGGUAACGUCAAGGCCAAGAAGUGCGAGACGGAGUCGCCUGCCGAGUGA